UUGUGCCACGGCCCCUACCCACGACGAGGACGACACAAAGAGCCCGGGUUCACAGCCCACCGCGGCUGCUCCGUAUCUUCGCUCCUCACCCUGUUGAUGCUGCGCUCUAUUCUAGCGUGGAAAACCCACUGGUCCCGUGAUAUUUGAGCUCCCGAGACGCGUUCGCGGCGGCCCGCCCACAGACACACAUUCCGGACCGUGGGGCGGAUCUCUGGCUCCGCUCGCUCCCUCUCUCUGCCGACUCGUUCGCGUGGGCUCCGCUCUGAUAAGCUGCCGUGGGAAUCCAUCAGUGGAGAGCCCGGCCCUGCUCCAUUUUAACCGCCCUGUUCGUUUCUCACAAUAUUGCAUUUUUCCCCUCCAUCCCUCGACCGCCGCGAGCGAGCGAGCGCGCGCGCACCAGAGGGCAGGCAAGGCGAGGCGACGGAGAGGAAACGACGCUGUGCGUUUUGACCGGAUUGCAGAGCAGCAGCAGCAGCCGCGGCGGCGGUUUUACCAAUAACCGCACGUUCUGAGCAUCUCAUCUGCUGAACCGCCCGGCAGGAGCUCGGCCGUGUACGCGGGGCUCGUUCUUCUCUCAGCACCACCCGGCGGUGGAGUUAAUGUGCGGCGAGGGACGCGACCAGUCGGCGGCUGAACGACGAUCGUACCAUAUAAUAUACCCCCCGUCCUAUGUUCUGGACGCAAAUCCUCCUCCGGGAUGUUGACGUGAAUUGGCCGACGGAACCGGCGCGACGCAGAGCUCUCCAUGUGGAGCCGGGUUCGAGCAGAGCUGCAGGCGGUGUGACAACCCCGGGCUCCGGGUUACGCUGCCGCUCACGCCAUCGGGACACUUGCGCGGCGUGCAACAUAAACUUUGGCUAGUUUUGCUGCGGACUCGUGCGGAACAUGGUGAUGAACACUUAAACAACAAUCAGCCUCGUAAACGAAAGCACGACUUUUCUUUUUUUUAAUGAAUAACACCAGCGUUUUAGAGAAGACAGAGCGUUUCUCACCGGCUGCACGUACAACAUGAUGAUCAUGUACAAUGAUCAUGACAUGUCCGUUGCACGCAGAAACGAUCGCCUGGGUGUACGAAGCAGGACGUGUACAAUGUGCUUGCAGAGAGAUCGUUUUAAAACCUAUUUUUAGCCACAAUGAUUCACUUGUAGGACGAGCGUGUUGAAAAACGGACAGUAGCGGAGCAUCCGCCACGCGAGCCUUCCAGUGACUGUCGGCGGAACCCUGCACUCAAGCUGUUUGUUCAUUAACCGUUACUUGUGUGUUGUGACGCGAGACGGGCUGCGCGCGAGGUCACCGUGUCUAGCAGCGCUGAGCUGCACGUGAACUUGUUCUCUUGACGAGCAACAGUCGCGUCACGAGCCGCUGGCAGAUAAAGGGCGAAAUAAAGCGGUAAAAUUUACUAAAUGCUCCGACGUCGUUGUUCGUGCGGGAAGUAGAGAUGCUGCUUCGCAAGUUGCCUGGCGUGUCCGCCUCGGGAAUGGGUCUCCGGCUCUCGCAGAAAUUCGUUUUCCUGCUCUUCAUCUCGGGUCUGGUGACUCUCUGCUUCGGGGCCCUUUUCUUCCUGCCGGACUCGGUGCGUCUCAAGCGAAUCUUCCUGUCGAAGAGCGAGAGCCCCGCCGUGACCGCCGUGUCCGAACACGGGGCUCGGGAGCAGCCGCGGAAUGCGGCCGGAGAGCCCGAGCACCCGCGGGGCAUGACUCCGGGCCGGGGGGACGUCAGCACUCGCCUCAGAGCCCUGAGCCGCAGACCCUCCGUGUCCUACGAGGCGAGGACUGCGGGCAGAGCGCGGGAAGAGCGGAGCCGCGCGCGAGCGGAGCCCGGCGGCCGAGCUCGAGAUCAUCAUGAUCAUCAUGAUGCUGCUGCUCGCGCCGACAGAGACGCGGGCUUCAGCGGCCAGAGCAGGGAUGCCUUCGAUUACGGGAAGCUUAAAAAAUGCCUCUUUAAGCCGCCUCUGGGGUCUGACGGGGGGCAGCCGAGCGACCCCCAGGCUCGGGAACGGCGCGACAAAGUAAAGGAGAUGAUGAAGUUCGCCUGGGAAAACUACCGGCGCUAUGCCUGGGGCAAGAAUGAGUUGAGACCACUGACCAGGAAUGGCCACAUUGGGAACAUGUUCGGUGGCCUGAGGGGGGCAUCCAUCGUGGACUCUCUGGACACGCUCUACAUCAUGGGGCUGACACAGGAGUUCGAGGAAGCCAAGGAAUGGGUGGAGAACAAUCUGGACCUCAACUCGAACGGGGAGGCAUCCCUCUUUGAGGUGAAUAUCCGCUACGUCGGUGGGCUACUCUCAGCAUACUACCUGACAGGUGCAGAGGUAUUUAAGAAGAAGGUAGUGGAGCUGGGGGAGAAGCUGUUGCCAGCAUUCAACACACCUACAGGCAUCCCACGUGGAGUCAUCAACCUGGGCAGUGGCACCAGCUGGAGCUGGGGUUGGGCCUCAGCGGGGAGCAGCAUCCUGGCUGAGUUUGGAACCCUGCACCUGGAGUUUGUCCACCUUACGGAACUCUCUGGAAACCCUGUGUUCACAGAGAAGGUGAUGAACAUUAGGAAGGUUCUGAACAAGAUUGAGAAACCACAUGGACUCUACCCCAAUUUCCUGAGUCCAGUUAGUGGCAACUGGGUCCAGCAUCACGUGUCCAUCGGGGGCCUGGGUGACAGCUUCUACGAAUAUCUGAUCAAAUCGUAUUUGAUGUCAGACAAGACAGAUGAAGAGGCCAAGAAGAUGUACUACAGUGCUAUGGAUGCCAUUGAGGCCAACCUGGUCCAGAAGUCACCUGGGGGACUUACCUACAUUGCAGAAUGGAGGGGUGGCAUCCUCGACCACAAGAUGGGCCACCUGGCCUGCUUCUCCGGGGGGAUGGUGGGCAUUGGUGCAGAUGAUGGUGAGCUGACCAAGAGGCAGCACUACCUGGACCUGGCAGCUGAAAUCACCCACACCUGCCAUGAGUCAUACAGUCGCUCAGCUACAAAACUUGGGCCAGAAGCUUUCCGGUUUGAUGCUGGCGCUGAGGCCACAGCCACCAGACUGAGUGACAGAUACUACAUUUUACGACCAGAGGUCAUCGAGAGCUACAUGUAUAUGUGGAGGCUGACCCAUGACCCCAAGUACCGACAGUGGGGUUGGGAGGCAGUGGAGGCCCUGGAGCACCACUGCCGUGUGGAGGCAGGCUUCUCUGGAAUCAGGGAUGUGUAUGCAACUACUGUCAGUCAUGACAACAUGCAGCAGAGCUUUUUCCUCUCCGAGACACUUAAAUACUUGUACUUGCUGUUCUCCGACGACGACUUGCUGUCACUGGAAGAUUGGGUCUUCAACACGGAGGCACACCCCUUGCCUAUCAUCCGUCGGAACUGCCCUCCAGAGCGUGAGGAUGCAGAGGAGGCACCUGAAUAGCACAUCCCCACUCCCCUCUCUGUCCUUAAAACGAACCCAGGACGACACCCCCUCCACCCACAAGUACUAGGGAGGGCUGAGGCUAAGCCACAGAUUCCCAAUUCCUUUCCAGCAAAGGACCUUCUUGUUACGCUGCAAUUAUAUUUCCAGAGUCGGGACACCUGGCCCUGUAGAGGGCGCCGGCAUUAUUUUGAGUGGACAAUCAGAGACUUUGACAAAGAAAAAAAUAAUCAAGCACCUUUUUCUUUCUUUCCUUCUUUCCUCUGUGAGGAAAAUUGAAUAACAAAAUAACUGGCGGCUCCCAGUCUGGGGGUUUAGCAGAAAUGUUGGCCAUAUUGUAAGAAAGCGAAAACCACUCAGCUUCUUUAACAUCAGCUUCUUUCAUUUUCCUAAUUUUUGCAUCACAUGCUUUAGAUUUAUAUAUCAAAUCAUGCUUUUUUCUUUCCUUAGUGCGUAUUAUUUGACCAAAGGUUAUUGUUAACAUUUUCUUACUUGUUAUCAACAUGUGCUUCUUAUUGGACAUGAUACUUUCGUUCCAGUUCGUAUGGCUUAUGGUGUGGAUGUUGGCUUUUUUGGGUAGAAUUACAGAAUGUGAAAACUGAAUGAAUAAUACUUAUGUAAUACAACUGUUUCUGCAAUUUUUUUACAGUCUUUCUUCAGAGAUGGGAAUAGAACCUAAAAUGUGAGGUGAAAGCGAAUAAGCUGAAAGACUGCGUUUGUCAUUGUUUCCACUGGUCUUUCUUUCUUUUUUUUUUUUUUUUUUUGCUGUGCUGCAUGAGCACCGCUGCUGCUUGUGUCAGCGGCGGUUUCCUGUUCAAGCUCAAGCCUUCUGCUGUUUCGGGUGGAACAAGGCUGAACCGACAGCUGCCCUGCCGUGGCUGUUCUCGCUCAGCCAGCGUUCAAAAACAUGAGCUCUUUGCUAUACUUUCUCACAGCCAAGGUGGUGAAUGUCUUUGCAGCUUCUCCAUUCUGUUUUAUUUACUUUUUUUUUUAAAUAAAACACCAGUAAAAUGAAUUGGAAAGAGGAAGAUGUACAUACCUUGAAGAAUGUGAGUGCUCCAUGUUAUUAACAUUUUCCUUUUUUAAUUCUGUUAAUUUUUUACUUAUGUUAUUUCUUUAUUUCACUUUCCUCAGGUGUUUCUGUGAAAGAAAAAAAUGAGUUUAAUAAUUUGAAUUAUUGCUAUUAAUGUGAAUUAUUCUUAUUCUCCAUUUGACUUAUCUUUCAUUGCUGAAUA